AAAAAAGAAAGUGAAAGAAAGCAGGGGAUUCUUAUCCUACACCCACCCCUUUACCUUAUUAGUUAAUAGUUAUACUACUUUACUGUUCUCAUACCCUUCCCCAUUUCUUAGGGGAGGUCCUAAAUUCACUGCCUUUUUUCUGAUAGUCUUGAUAAAAUGCAGUCCCAGUUUGCUUUUCUUCUCCAUCUACUAGUAUGAUCUCUAUUACUCUUUGUUUUUGUUCAUGUUUUUUGAUCUUUUUCCGCUAUUGCAUUGAUGUGCGAUCUGUCCAACUUUGGAGCUGAGUUGGAUGUGUGAUGAUGAAUUCCGAAGACUAAUUUGCAUUUGUUGGCCGUAAUUAUGGAAUUUCAAUCUCUUUGAGAUCUGUGUGCCUGUAAAGAUAUUUUUCGAGACGAACCCAUCCAAAGGAUCCACUUUUUGUAUAUUGUGAUUAGUCAAUAGACCAUCAAUGUGGUCUGAUCUACACGGUUUGAAUGGAUGUCUGUAAACCUGAGCAAGCAUUACUACAGAAGCAAUCUACGGCACAGCUAACCAAAAGGCAGCCAUUACUCCCAGCCGAGAACAAGAACAAGAAUGGAGCUGCUUUUCGGUCACAAGCCCGUGAAGUUAGCUCAAGGUACAGAUCACCUACACCAUCCACAGCCAAACGCAACCCUCCCCCAAACACCACCCCAUCAUCUUCACUCUCAUCCUUGUUUGCUCCGAAAAGGGCCACAUCAGCCGAGAAAAAACGGCCCUCCCGACCAUCAUCCCCAUCGACACCUAUCCAGGAUACAUCUUCCGAAAUGAUCUCAAGAAAACUGGUUUGCAGCAACAAGUUACCCGAGUCUUUAUGGCCUACCACUAUGCGUAGCCUCAGCGUCUCUUUUCAAUCCGACACUUACUCUAUUCCUGUUAGCAAACGAGAAAAGCCAGUUUCGCAUCAAAAUGUUGCUCACAGACAACAACAGGCUGAGAAUUUGGGCUCGAGGAAGCCCACGCCAGAACGGAAGAGGAGCCCACUUAAGGGGAAGAAUUUCCCCGACCAAGCAGAAAAUUCUAAACCCAUCGAGAGUUCAUCACAUUCUCGUCUAGUCGAACAACACCGAUGGCCGAGCAGAAUUAACGGCGCUUUGAAUAGAAGCAUCGAUUUGGGUGAUAAGAACGGCGCAAGUCCUAGGCUAUCACGCUCAGGAAGUGGCACCUCUUUCCUGAGGAGGUUAUCUCUUGAGAGUGGGGCAACUAAGCCUCCACACAAAUCCACGAGUGAUUUGCUGAUGCAAUUGGCUUCGAGUGGAUGUUCAGUGGAUGAAAGUUUACUUCAGGCGCAAAAGCCGGGACCUUCAAGUUCAUCUGAUAGGAUGCAGUUGGUGAAAGCUGCAUCUCGGGCCUUGAGUAGCCCAUCUAGAGGUUCGCGGGCUUCUUCACCAUCUCGAGGGAAGCCUUUUAACAGCCCUUCCUCUAGAGGGUCAAGUCCUUCCAGACAACCUCAAGGACCUUUGGCUUCUGUUCUUUCUUUCAUAGCGGAUAUUAAGAAUGGAAAGAAGGCGGCAAACUACAUAGAGGAUGUGCAUCAGCUGCGGAUGUUGUACAACAGACACUUGCAAUGGCGGUAUGCGAAUGCCCGUACUUGUGCUGCCUUGCAGUGUCAGAAAAUGAAAGCGGAGAAUAUGUUGUACAGCGUGUGGAUUAUAAUUGCAGAUCUUUGGGACUCUAUAAUGGAGAAAAGGAUGGAACUCCAGGAGCUUAGGCUCAAGUUGAAGCUUGACUCAGUUUUGAACAAUCAAGUAACUUCUCUUGACGAGUGGGCUUUAAUCGAAAGGGAUCAUGUUAACUCGUUAACAUGGGCCAUCCAAGAUCUGCAGGCAAGCACGAUUCGUAUUCCAGUCAUCGGAGGAGCGAGGGGAGAUGUUGAAACCGUUAAAGCGGCAAUAUGCGCUGCUGUUGAUGUUAUGCAGGCAAUGGGAUCCUCUUUGUUUUCCAUACUUUCAAGGGUGGAGGGGAUGAACAGCUUGGUGUCUGAACUUGCUAAUGUAGUGGCACAUGAGAGAGCUGUGCUCGAUGAAUGUGAAUCAGUUUUGGGCUCGACAGCUGCAAUGCAGGUGGAAGAAUACAGCCUUGGGACCAAUCUGUUACAGAUGAAACAAACAUGGAGGAAUGGGGAAUCGUCUUUAUACGGAUAUUAAGAUGAAUUUAUUGGUUUCGUAUAUCAUAUGCUAACACAACUUGAGAGUUUACUCGGCAAUGACUUUGGCCGGGAAGUUUUCUGUCAGUGUAAAUCGGCAUUUUUCCACAUUGCCUUCUUGUUUUGGUUUCAACACUAUAGGUAUAGAGUUAGAAUAUUUAAGAUUGAUUUUAUCUAUCAUC